AUUGUGGGAGAAACCGAGGGUUAGUCGCCAUUUUCUCAGGGCGCUGCUUCUGCUGCUGCUGUUGCGGUGAGUCGUUUCGUUUCCCUCGGCUUUAUCCAAAACUAGAGGACAGGAAACUAUGGGACGGAAGAAGAAGAAGCAGAUGAAGCCGUGGUGCUGGUACUGCAACAGAGAUUUUGAUGAUGAAAAAAUCCUUAUACAGCACCAGAAGGCAAAGCAUUUCAAGUGUCACAUAUGUCAUAAAAAACUAUAUACAGGUCCGGGUCUAGCCAUCCACUGUAUGCAGGUUCACAAGGAGACUAUAGAUGGUGUUCCCAAUGCGAUACCCGGAAGGACAGACAUCGAGCUGGAAAUCUAUGGCAUGGAAGGUAUUCCGGAAAAAGAUAUGGAAGAAAGGAGGAGGUUACUAGAACAAAAAACCCAAGCUGAAAGCCAGAAGAAGAAACAGAACAACCAGGAUGAUUCGGAUGAAUACGAUGACGAUGAGGAGGCUGGGCCUUCUUUCCAGCAGCAGGUGAUGCAGCCCCAGACUGGCUUCAUGCCCCCCAUGACCCAGCCAGGGAUGCCCCCCGUUCCAGGGGGUCCAGGAAUGCCUCCGGGGAAUUUCUCAGGAAUGCCUCCCAUGAUGCCGGGCGUUCCUCCCAUGAUGCCCGGAAUGCCUCCUGUAAUGCCUGGGAUGCCGCCAGGUAUGAUGCCCAUGGGUGGGAUGAUGCCCCCAGCACCAGGAAUGCCCCCGAUGAUGCCUGGUAUGCCUCCAGGUAUGCCGCCCCCUGUUGGACCUCGUCCAGGCAUGUCUCACAUGGCCCAAGCUCCUCCCGUCACGGCACCAGGUGUGCUGAACAGGCCAGCCAUGCCUGCGGCAACCGCCCCUGCACCUCAGCCCACCGUCACCAAGCCCCUGUUCCCCAGCGCCGGACAGAUGGGGACUCGUGUUCCAAGUACAAGUACAGCUUCUUCCAGUGCCGACACUCUGUCAGCAUCUUCUAAACCUCUGUUCCCUAGCACGGCACAAGCUCAGCAGGCUGUCUCAGGACCGGUUGGCACCGAUUUCAAACCUCUGAGCACACCUGCCACCUCCUCAGAUCCUCCUAAGCCAACAUUCCCAGCUUACACACAGUCUACUGCUUCGACCACUAAUGCAUCCAAUAGCACUGUAUCCAAACCACCCGCUACUGUGACAAGUAAGCCUGCUACGCUUACUACAACGAGUGCGACUAGUAAGUUGAUCCACCCUGAUGAGGAUAUUUCACUGGAGGAAAGGAGAGCUCAACUGCCUAAAUAUCAGCGUAAUAUCCCCAGGCCAGGGCAAGCCCAUAUGGGCGCCCCGCCUGUUGGACCGAUGGGGGGCAUGAUACCCCCACAGCAAGGCAUGGCUCCACAGCAGCCAGGAAUGAGGCAUCCAAUGCAUGGGCAGUAUGGAGCUCCACCCCAGGGCAUGCCAGGCUACAUGCCUGGAGGAAUGCCUCCUUAUGGGCAGGGGCCCCCAAUGGUUCCCCCAUUCCAAGGAGGGCCACCCCGACCGCCCAUGGGAAUGAGACCUCCUGUAAUGUCUCAGGGAGGUCGCUAUUGAAGCUGAAACGCCAACUCUUAAUAGGUUUGGAGAUUAAACCUUUUCUCGUCUUGUGGUGUUUUAGUAGCCAAGCCAGUAACCAUAAUCUACCUGCCCUAUGAGGAGGAGAGAGAAACACAUGGGACAUUCUUACAUAAAAUUUUUAUUUAAACAAAACUCACACAAUCUGUUUUUGCAACUGAUACUGUGUGGCUCUUUUUCUCAUGUUUUGUUUAGGUUUUUAGAAGUAUAGUAAAUAUGGUUCGUAGUGUUUUGAAGGCGCUGGAGUAACAUGAACGCAAACCACCUUUACCAAGGCAAGUUUUUGUAAUUCCAUUGUUCUACUGAAAAGGGAGGCCUUCGCAGCACCCUAGGUGCUGUUGGACGUCUUGUCCCCAGCAUUGCUUGGUGAGGGCUUCUGAUAGUAAUUUCACCUGUUUUGUAUGUUGCAACCAUCGCACAUCUGUCCAGAUGUGAUUUUGGCCACAGAGUAGCUCUUGUGAUUUCUGUACUGUUGUAAAAAAAAUUAUUGUAAUAAAAUGUGAUGAAACCUUGAGGAUUGUUUUUUCAUGACCCGUGGGAGGAUCUCGUCAUUAAGGUUUGUACGUGUACGUUUGUAUGUUCGUGUGUAACCUGUACAAAGGGACUGUACAGCUCGCUUCGGAGAUGCGAUCUCUUUUCUUGACUUUCGUUUCUAGAAAAAACAUUAAGUCUUAAAAUUAAUAUAGUGGCUGUCCUCUUUUCUUCUACCUGUGAGGACGUUUUGACCCCUAGACGCUUCGGUCAGUGUUUGCUGCCCAAUUCCCUGAAACCAGAGGUUGAUGUAUACAUUUAAAUAACUGUUCACUUUAGUUCAGAUCGUUUUAAAAUCUGGUUUCAGAGAUGGACUAAAAUUAGCUGGAAUGGCUGAGAACGGUUAUAAAAAAAUGUAUCUGAACAGUAAAAUUUCAGUAGUAUUUUUUUCCCCAUCUUUGAAUAACUGGAUUUUGAAUUACUGUAUGGGUUGGGUUUUAAGAGUACUGUGCAAAUGCAGAGCAACUUUUAGUGGUCUGAAAUGUGAGCUUGGAGGUUGCCAUUCUUAAACUUUUCCAUCCUUCCUCCUAUGGGAUCUAUUCCUUUGUAAUUUACCAGUGUACUUACCAGUUGUUCUGCUUGUAAAUUACACACAUUCAUUUUCCAAGAUGUAUAUUCUUCAAGGUGCACACAAAAUUACACCUCUACAUGGGGAAAAAAGUGUAGUUGCACUCCUAACGUGGGUGAUUACACUUUUAAUAUCUAGUGAAUUUUAAUUUUAAUGUGGAUGUGAAUUAAAUGUUAAAUGCCACUUAAAAUAUUUGACAUUUGCCAUUACAUUGCAAAAGGUUAUAAUUAUAAUUGUUUAUCAGUUAAAUAGGUUAAAAUUGAUGGAAAAAUACAUUCUCAGUUUUUAAACUACACAUGCACUUGUUUCUGAAGGUUUUACAACGUGAAUGGUCAAUGGCAAAAUUCUGAGAAUCACUUUUCAGAGUUUUAUUUAGCUUGGCAAGUGUAAUCUAUAAAUGUUUUAUGUUUAAAAACUAUCUAAUGUGCCUUUUUGAGUGUGUUAAUCAAGAUCACAUGAAAAGCCCUGAUUUUUUUAUAUUGUUUUGCAACAAAGUUUGAGAAGCCUUUCUAGUGCAUGUGUAAUAUUUAAGAUUAAUUUGGCUGUGUUGCUAAAAUUAGGAUUUCUCUUCUCCCUGUAGCAAUGCCAUGGGACAGGCUGAGGCAGAGUCUCAGUGUUGCCCUGUACAGUCUGAGGCAAGUCCGAAUUUUUUUCCAUUUUAUUUAUGUCAAGGGCUUUCACAGCUUUGUGGCUGUUGGAUUUCAAUGUCCCCAAACUUGUAGCAAGUUUGGUGAAAGCCCUUGUGUGUUCAGUUUAGGAAUCCAACUUGCUUACUGGGCUCUACAUUAAUAUUUAGUGCUUUAAGCACCACAAAACUAUACAGUUUAAAAUUUUAAAAAUCAUCUUUUAGUCAGGCUUUAGAUGAACAAAGCUAGACGAUACGGUUGAUAUGCAGUUUAGUAUGUGUGUACUGUCUGCUGGAUUGUCUGAAGGGUGACUAAAGAGCUGUAGCUGAUGGACAGGUGGAUGAGCACUACCAUUGUCCAUAAGUUUUUUUUUUUUCUGCCAACUUCAAGGUUGGUGCCUGUUUGGCUUUCUGUUUUCUGUAGGACGUGGUUGAAAUGCAUCUUACUUGCAUUCGUUUCCGACUGCUUCAAUUUGCAGGAGAUGCGAAAUCCUUUCACCUGCCUGAAUGUUUAAGUUUUUAAUGGUAGUAGUUAUUGGACUAUAAUGACUUAGUUUCAUUGUGCAUUUUGCACAUCUAGUAACUUAUGUAUCUGGAGACAUUCAUGCAAUUCUGUACCUUUCUUCCUGUUCUAUUAAUGUUGAGCUCAGUAUGAACUGAAAAGACCUUUUGUGGCAGACAGAUUGGGUUUUCAUGUGCAGUGCUUAUCAGCUCAAUUCCAAGGGUAUGUUUUAUGGCUUAUGGCUCCCUGGAUCUCUGUCAAUCUGAAGUAGUAAAAACGUUUGGCAUGCAAAGGAUGUUCUCUCCAGAUUUUUAAGGUUUUAUAAAUUGACUUGGAAUACUGUUAAUCUACCCAUAGACUCAAUCUCUGUUAACUGCUUGCUGUUUAUAUACAUUGUUGAAAUUUCCUGUCAGCAUGCUGAGGAUCUUUUCCUGAACCUCUCGUGAUAAAAGGUGAGAGGUGCCGUUGAAACAUUGUGUAGUACUACACUUGGGGGGGCUGACUAAAAUCAACUUGGCUUCUAAAUGCAAUUUAAAAAUAAGUGAUUGGAGGCAUUGGAGCCCUAACCCUACGUUCACCAUCUAAUGUGAUUUGUGUUUCUGUUAACUGUAGCAGCAGCAUUUCUGCACUUGCUUUUAUACUGGUAUUGAAGGAAAAAUCCCAGAACACUGGCAGUACAGGUUUGUUGUACCCUGUAAGUACCUGUUAUUUCUCAGAAAACUGUUGCAGUGGCAGAUUACUCGGCACCCAUCACUUUUAGCUCUGUACAGACGUAAAUCCUGUUUUAACGUUCGGUGCCUGUACUGAGCUUCAUUGAUGUCUUAAAAGUUCUGUAUCUGAAAAUCGUAAUAAAGUACCCUGCAGUCUGUA